GUAACUGCAGCCCAAUACGGCGACCGGAGUGUGGGUGUGUCGAAAGGGGGAACGAGGUUAAAUAAUGACGUUAGUGAACUUCAGGUCGGAGCUCUAGAAAGAUGCCCUAGUAUCCGACUUGGAUGACUGUUCAAAACGAUUUUCCAAAUCGGAGCGAACGUAUUUUGACAUUAUAACGGUUGCAGAGUUGUCUAAUGUGGCAAUAGAUUGUAAAUUACUGGACAAGAGAGGAGAUUCGUCAAAUGAAAUGUCUCCUCUACCAAGAUACUGGUGCAGCUAGCUAACGUUAGCUAGUAACAAAAAAAAGCUACCUUUGGCUAGCAGCUAGCUACCUGCAGUAGGCCUAAUGUUUACUGUGCGCCAUGCAAGCUUUAGUCGCACAUUAUUCAUCAACUCCUAAACUCACAUUUAACGUUGAAAAGUCUUUGCUAUUAAUCGUUUGGGGAAGAAAAGGUUGAGCUCCAGUAGGACCGUAAACUUCCGUUCCGUACUAAAACCGGAAGUGACGUAAUACUUGUGCUACCAUCAGGUAGGUGGCUAGCAACUCCGCUUUUUCCAAGUUAUAAUAAAUAUAUUUAUAUAUAUGAAACGUGACUUGAUACGUUGCUGAUUUAAGGAUUACUGCCACUACUAGAAUGCGAGAAUCUAAAUAGCUAAAACUCUAUGAGAAAGACAGUCAUAGAGCGAGCAAGCUAACAGCAGUACUAGCAUCGUUAGCAUAGGUGGGUGGCUGUUUUGUUUGCUGCAGUGCUGUUAACGUCAGAAGCUGGCCUUUAUUGAUAAAGCACCAUAUAUGGAUCCUCACAUCAGUGUUAAAGACGAACCCACUAGUGAUGAUGACGUUACACACAGCUGGUGCGACCCUGUCCAGCCCUCACAAAUGGACUACAGUCAUGAAGGUGCUGUUGAUAAGUCUAAGUUGGAACCAGAGGACCUUCCAGGGCUCAGUGAAGCAAGAAAACCAACAUUCAAUGUGAUUGUCAAAGAGGAGGAGGAAGAUGAGGAGGACAUGGUUGACCGGGGUUGGGAUGAGGAGGAGGACAUGGUUGACCGAGGUUCAGACACUGACUACACACCAAGUCCCACUGUGGUAGUGAAGGUGGGAGAACCCAAACCACCAACAAAGAAUAAGAACACAGUAAAGAAACUUCACCAGUGCCCCGACUGUGGUAAAACCUUUGAGAGGCUGUCGCGUCUGAAGAGGCACGAGCCAUCACACUUGAGGAAGAGCAAGCACCCGUGCCCUGACUGCAACCAGUCUUUUGGCAACCUCUCAGUCCUGAAGAAACACAGGGCAACACACAAGAGCACCGAGAAGCUGACUCACCAGUGUCAACAAUGUGGCAAGACGUUUGAGAAGCUAUCGCGCCUCAGAAGGCACCAGCCCGUACACCAGAGGAGAAAGAGGAUGGACCACCCGUGUCCUAAAUGUGGCAAGACCUUCAAGAAGUUAUCCGGCCUGGUUCUGCAUGAGCGAGGACACACCGGAGAGAAACCGUUCCCUUGCUCCCAGUGCGGGAAGAGCUUUGCCGACAACCGUCACCGGAAAGUGCACGAGCAGGCUCACCAAGGGAAGCUGGAGAGACCCCACCGCUGCGCUGACUGCGGGAUCUGCUUCCCCAAACCAUCCGAGCUUCGACGGCACCAACGCGCACACACGGGAGAGAAACCGCACCGCUGCCCUGACUGUGGGAAGGCCUAUUCCCGGUCAGAGACUCUGAAGAGGCACCUUCUCAUCCACACGGGGGAGAGACCUCACCUCUGCACCGAUUGUGGGAAAAGCUUCAUCGAAUUGCAGCAGUUGAAAUCCCACCAGCGGAUUCACACUGGAGAGAAACCAUUCCACUGCCCCGUGUGUGGGAAGGGUUUCUCACAGAGGGGUAACAUGAAGGCACACCAUCGGACUCACACAGGGGAGAAACUUCACCACUGUGCCGACUGCGGGGCCAGUCUCUCCACAUCUUCUAGUUUAAAAGAGCAUCAGCUCAUUCACACAGGAGAGAGGCCCUUCCAGUGUCUGGUCUGUGGCAAACGCUUUCUGCACAUCUGGAGACUCAGAAAACACCAGAAGACACACACCGGACACACAUAAGGAAGACGUCUCUGUAUGCUUUGAAAGAGCAGCAACUGUAGUGUUGUACUACUACUACUAAUAUUAAUACUACUAAUAUUAAUACUAGGAUUGUGGGUUCAAUUCCUGGGACCACCCAUACAUGAAUGUGUGCAUGCAUUACUGACUGACUGUAAGUUGCUUUGGAUAAAAGCAUCUGCUAAAUGGCUGUUAUUAUAAAUAUCAGCAACCCAGAAUCAACCAAAAUAAUUUAAUUAACUUUAAUAGCUUGCAGUAGGGAUCUGCUUGUGAGUAUUCAAACUACAUAUGUGUACAGAGGGGGUGUACUACAAAGCAGGAUCAAUUAGUUAUCCAGCUAACUUUGAUAAGCAACCAGAAAUAUAUCUAUUGAUUUUUCUGACUAAUUAAUACAUUCAACAUUAGAUAUGCGUUGUUGGUUGAGUCAGUUAAACAAUGCCAAUUCCAAGCUUAUCUUUCUAAAACAAGUAAAGGUCAUAUCAGAAUAUUUCGACAAGCUGGCUAACUCCUUGAAUCGGCUUUGUAGUUUACCCCUCUGGUCUUCGCCUUGUCCCAUUUUAAUGAACACUGAACAAUGCUCUUUAUACGUAUGACAUAACAAUUUUAAUGGUACAUUUAAUAGUCUUAUGUUUUGUUUGUGUGUGUGUGUACACAUUUUACUGUACUUGUGAGUACCAGAAGUCCUCAUGAAUAGUAAACUAACUAAAAUUCAGAGAAGUAAGGACUUUUUGGCAGUCUUCACUUGUAAAAAGGUUAUUUUAGGCUUAGGGGUUAGGUUUACAGUUAGGGUUAGGGGUUAUUGUUUAGCGGUUAGGAAAAAUAGGAUUUUGAAUGGGAAUCAAUUGUUGGUCCCCAAAAAGUCCUGCAAUGAAGCCCAUUAUCUGUAGUCUAGGUACCAGUCUCUUCAGCUAACAUCCCACUCCUCGUCAUUGCCAAAGAGGCUGGCCUUUCAGCCAUAGAAAUAUGAAUAGAAAGGUGUCUACAUUCAAGUCAAUGAUGGCAUAAUGGGUGGACUGGCACCCAUUUUGAGUGUAUCCAUGCCAGGAAGUAAAAGCAGGAAGUGUACCCUUUAAUCUGUGCUGUGAUUUGUUGAGUGAAAUAAACUGACGUAAAAAAAAAUACAUUCCAUUGGAUGAGCCACAUCAGUUAGUAUCAUUUGAAUGAACAUUUUACAUUACCAUGGCAACCCAGCAUCCGUUGAUGGAACAUUCAAAAAUACCAUUAACAUUAUUGCAUCACAAUAGAAGGCAGCCAUUAUUUGCGAGUGUACCCAUGAGUUUGUCAGGGUUAGAGCUUCCAAGCCCAUUCUAUUCAUAUUUCUAUGCUUUCAGCAAUCUGUGUUCAAUACGCACUGGAUUUACGGCGGAGUUGCUCAUUGGUUGUUGGAAAUAACAUUCAUAUUUUCCAUGACAACGUGUCGAGCCUCGGAAUUAGAAUACAAA